UAAGUAGGAAUUGAUUGCAAUCACAAAGAUAAAAAAAAAUACAAUUGGUGCAGUCAGAGUCAGAGUCAGAGUGGUCUCCUUUCCAGGUUUUCACACCUGCUGCCGUGUACCUAGGCCUCGGUGAAUGGACAAUAAUGUUUUCGAAGAUGGAAGUUUGCCACAGAAAAGCAACAGAAAUUCUGCCCCUGUUGGCGGAAAUAUUGAAGAUUGCAUCUACUGAAUGCAAUGCGUUACGUGACUCUUUUGAUGCAUUUAUAUGGUCAAAUGACGUCAUUAGCCUAUUGUCCUUGACCAAAGUUGCUGAAAAUGACGAAGUGGUCAGAAAUCUACUCCAUGUUUCUGAAUCAGGAGCUGCUGUAUUACUGACUAUUGCUCAAAGUGCCAAAUCUCCACAUGAAAUCCUCCAAGGUGCUCACUCCAUUCUUUCUGCUGUGUUCCCAAAAUUGAUGCUACCAUUUGUCCCUAAACUUGACCCAAUUGCAGUCGCAGCAUGCACGGGCAACAUCUUGCAGCACCUGAAUACAGUGAAGAGUGCUUUAGAAAGUAUUCCUAAACUGCUCACAUUUUUCAAAGAAAUUUUUUUAAAUUGCCGUGAUGCAAAUGCUUUCUGCCGCAACGAGUUCAUCAAGGUUUCCACUCUUCUCAUUCAGGCCAUCUCUGGGCUAAAAGAUAAGACUGUGAUAAAUAAUUCAGAAUGUAAUGAAGAUAAAUUACUCUUGGCAUUUUAUUCUGCUGUAGAUAAGUCUUUCAAGAUGUCAUUGAAUGCAUUAUGGCUUCUAUUCAAAUUUCCAGAACUGGAUUUAGUUUACGAUGUAGUUUUUGGUGCAUGCAAGCUCAUUUCAAGGGUUUUGGUCACCACUUUGGGAAAUUUGCUUUACUGUAUUGAAUUUUUUUGUCAAACCGCUUGUCAGUUUCUCAAAGAGAAGGUUCUUGAAGUGAAGAAGAUAAUUUUUGAGGUUCAGGAGGCCUCCAGACAUGUUUUAGAUGCUGCACCCACAGAGACUGACAGUAAUUCUAAGUGCACUAGUGUUGAGACUAUCCGACUCUCUCCUCCAGGGUGUACCCCUAGUCCCAUGGCUUUGGUGACCGGUGAUUCAUACAAAUCAUCAUCCAUCGAUGCAACGACAGGAGAUCUAUCGGUUCAAACAGAUGGAUCUAGUCAUUUUGUCAGAGAUUUCAGAGAAGCCCCGUUGAUUGCUCCAGCCACCUCUUCUCACCAUGAAUUUGUACCUCUUUCAUCCGCUCCGUAUGAUGAUCAUGCCCCACAACUGACAAGCACUGAUAUCAGUGACAAGUCAAGUGUGAUUACCUCUGAAACCUUGAAUGUUCUUGAAUCUUGUUUCAUUGAGGUUCCAGACUCCACGGUUAGCGAUCCAACUAAAGGAAAGUUAUCACCAACAGAUGAAGAUGAUAUUGCUGUGGUCCAUACCAGCCCCAAUCCAGAACCUGAAAUCUUCCAAAGAGUAAAUGAUUUCCCUUUUGAUGUGUUGCCAACAUUUCUCCGUCAACGCCUUUUGAAAUUAAUCUGGGAAUUAAAAGACUACAUAGGCCACUUUUCAUUCCUUAAAGUAGGGUCGCUCAUCCAGUUCAUUUGCAGAAUCUGUGGGAGUGUGUUACAGUUGGAUAGCGUGGAAGAGCAUAUUCAUCAAGCUCAUAAAGGUAUAGGGAAAUCACCUACCGUAGAUCCAUUAGACAAUAUCUUUAAGACCAACAAAUCAAAAAGGAUCAAAGAAACUGAUGGCUCUACAAAGAAAUCUGAGUUCGAAGUUGCACAAGCCUGUCCUAAGAAGAGCAUUUGUUUCUCCAUUGAAAAAAAAGAAUCAAAGAUUGUCCCAGUUUCAAUCAGCCCGCAAGUUUUUUUUAGUGCAAAAAUGAAUAAGAAAUUCCCACAGCCGGUCAAAACAAACACUAACAAUAAGCGCUCAAAAUUUCAAAAAGUUAGUGACAAAAAUUUAAGUACGCAAGCCUCUUUUGUAUUUAAAUCCCCAAAUCCUGUAAGAGUCACUGAAGCGGAAUCUGUAUCUGAUACUGCUGUAACUUCAUCUGAUGUAUUCUUUGAUAGUUCUAAACAGGAGCCAGGCAGAACGCAACCUAAAGUGUGUGGCAUUGCAGAGUCUUUUUUUGCAGAAACUUUUGAGUAUAAUGACUCUGAGAGAAAAAGAAGAAGAAGAAAUUGCUGUGAGUCUAAUCUUAAAGAGAAAGUAUGUGAUCCUAAAAAUGAGAGCAAUUACAUAAUACAGGAUCUUAAUAGACCGGGCAUACCAGAAACUUUGAAUAACAGCUUUGUUGAAACCCUUGAAUCUGCAUCCAAACCUCACCCUUUUCAAGAUAUCAGCGAUGCAGAAUUUACAUCAUUAACGAAGACAGAUCAAAAAAGCCUGGAAAUUCUUGUUAAACGACUUAAAUCUACAGUGAGCCAUUUUGUCUUUAGAAUAAUUAAUGGAGAGCUUUCGGUCAUUUGCAAGCUCUGCCUAGAUUCCCUUCAUAAAAGUAAAGUGGAAGCUCAUGUCUCUGAAGUAAGCCACCUACAAGCCUUGUGCACCAAAGCUAAGGGGUGCGCAGAGACCAAAGCGUUGGUUCCUGAAAUCUCUGUGCAUAAUUGGCAAUACCUGGAGUACAUGAGACAUUUGCAGUGUUUUAGGUGUAACAUUUGCAGGACCUCCCUGAAGGGUAUAAACUCUUGGGUUCAGCACUUUCAAUCCAUCCUCCACCGAAGAAAGUUAGAAUCUGUUCCGCUACCUAAUACAGUGGAAGUUUGGCUUGCAUCAGUUACAUUUCUGCGAGACUCCUUGUUGAAGGUUUCUUUUUCAUCAUUAGAUAUGAGUCAUCAAGAUCGAAUCGCCUACUUGAUUAAAGAACUGAAAAGUGAGAUGAACAUUUUUUCGGUAGAGGAGGCAAGGAAGCUUAAAUUUUUUUGCCACGCAUGCAAUUUAUCAGUCGCCUCCUGCACUAUGAUAUCCCACAUUCGAAAUAAUAUGAGCCACAGAAAAGCACUACGUCAUAUGCACAGAAAUUCUAGUAGGCAAACGUUUUGUCAGAGUUCUGUCAAUCAAGCUGUCCUAGAUAUUAUCAGUUGCAUCAAGAAACCAAAAAGCAGGCGGAAAAACUCUUCCCAGAAGUGUAACACUCCUGGGAAGGGUUUGUCCAACCUUACUCACAUACAAACAACUAACGCCUUGGUCCAUAGUUAUCACUCUUACUCAUCUGAAAGCAUGGUCCCAGAGCUUAUGAUUGAGGCCUUUCCUGACCACUCAUCUGCUGUAGAUAGCCAAAUACCUGGGCUUCUGUACAAAUCCUUCAAAGGAGGAUGUUGAGAACACUUUACGUGGAUCUGUCAUCAGGAGGCAGUAACACCCAACCGUUGCUGAACCCAUCCACUACCAGAGCAUCGAAACCUAUGGUACUAGCAGACUAAACUGUUCGAACCUAAAUCAUUUGCAAUAUCUUUGUCUGUAAUUUUCCAAUCCUGGUGCAAAGUUUGUCAAGUAGCAACUCAAACAGAGGAUAUUGAAGAGCACUCAGCGUCUCUCGUCACAUGAAGAGGGUGUCAUCCAAGCGAUGCCUCAUAUCUCUCCGUUAUCAGUGAAUUUUAUUUCAGUUAACACCAUCAGCUUUCCCUAUUCUUCUGUUUUUUCGCAAAGCAGGCCUUGUCCAUUUUUAUUGAGCCUAAAAUAUUCUAACCAGAGGGCAUUUAAAUUAUGUUCAGCCAUUGGGCUCUAGUCGCUACAAAGUUCAAAACGGGAGGAGGAAAAUAUCUUGAGCUUACUUUUGUGCUCCUAUUUUCGGAACUUGCCAAUAUAAUUUGUGUUGUUAAUUUUGUUGUUUAUUGAUUAAUAGUUCAAAAUUUCAGUUUUUGUUACUUAGUUGAAUAAAAUGCCCCUUUUACUUGAAGUUUCUAAAUUUAGAACCUUAUUGUUUUAUUUUUAAUUGAGUUUAGUAGAAGCAGAUUCUCACUGAAGUAAAAAUCCUUCUCCCUAGAGGUGUAUCCAAGGCCUUACAUCGUCAACAGAUUUGUCUUUUUUUCCUUUAACUUCUGGGACAAGCUUUUAAGACCCAUGUCCUUUCUUUUUCCAGAAUGCAUCGUAUGAGCACUACAAAAAAACCCCAAUAAUUGUUUUAAAGUAGUCAUUUCACUCUUCGCCAAUUAGCUCGCCUUGAGACGAUACUUUGAACCCCUGGUAUCAAAAAAAUUUGUUACGCAUGAUUUGUUGUCAUGCACAAUUCACCGUGCGAAAGUAUGUUGCUGUCACAAUUUGUCGCGCGAUGAAUUUUCGUUAAUUCAGAGCCCCCUUGUGUCCUAUUUUAUUUACCAUCCAGUGCCUUACUGUACCAUCAUCCGUUUUGUAAUCGUUGGGUCAUGAUCUCAAUGCUGGUGCAGGAAGGUGCCAUAUGGUGAUUGAAAAUAGGGCACCCUAAAUUACAAACCACCGCACAAGCAAAGUCAUCCGCAGGGGAGCAAAAUUGACCAAGCCGAGUGAAUUUGUAGAGAAUUUUUAACCCUACGUAAGUGGCAAAUUUGAAAAGGUGAAGAGAAGGGAAUGGGAAGGGAAGAACAGGUUUUUUGAAAGAGUCGGAAAAGAAAUUCAGCUUAUUUUUUGUUUAUUGUAUUUUUUAAUCAUGAUUUUUACUUGAAUAUAUAUUUUUAUCAGGAAUUUCACUAUUUUAGAAUUAUUGGAACAAAUCUACGUGUAAUGGUACAAAAAAUCAGGAUUUUUGUUGUAUGAAUGUGUCCACAAAUUUGGAUGCAUUUAUUUGCCUUCAACUUCUGAAAUUUUCCUCAUUUUAGCCGCCAAUUGUUCAGUCGGUCAUGUAUCUGGUUUCUUUGUGUUUUUGUCAGUUCUAUCAAGGAAAGCUUAAGACUGAGUAAUUGACAGAAGCCCAGUACUAUGCGAAUGCUAAAUUACUUAUGACACUUAAACUGUAUAAAUUUAUGCUGAAAUCGCAGCUUACUAGUCCUUUACAGAAAACCAUACUUUUUUUAAAUUCCUUUUGAAGAUAGAUUCUCUCUGCUUAACAUUAUUUACCUACUUAUUGAGUGCUGGAAACAGGUGCACCAUGAAGGAUUGACGAAUUUAUUCUGCUUAAUUGAAGUGUCAGACCUACUGUCAUUCAUUUUCCUCUUGUUUUUUUCAAUUGAAAGGGCUUUAUUUUUUUAAAUCAUGUAAGGGUAAAUUACCUCAUCGCCUUUUUUUAAACUGCCAUUUUGAUUUUCUCAAAUUAAUAUGAUGUCAGUAGAACACUUAUUUUUGCCAAAGCAUAUCUAAGAGUUAA